GCUCGGCCAAUGAACGGCGACGAUGCUGGAGGGUGGUAGCACGGCGCUAGAGAUGGCGGGGCUGCGGCGGCGGUGAAAAGGAGCAGGUUGUCAAAUCUUUCACAUUCCAGUUUCCGCUGUGCCGCUGCCAUGCUGCUGUCGCUAGUGGUACACACGCACUCGCUGCGUUACUGGUUGCCCGCCGCCGUGAUGUUGGGCACUGCGCCCGCCUACCUGCUCAGCUGGGCCGCCUGGCGCCUCCUGUCACUGCUACUGCCCGCCCGCUUCUACCACCCGGUGGAUGACCGGCUCUACACCGUGUACCAGAGCGUCGUGCUCUUCUUUUUCGAGAACUACACUGGGGUGGAGAUUGUUAUAUAUGGAGCCCUGCCAAGCAAAAAGGAGAAUGUGAUAUACUUGUCUAAUCAUCAGUGCACAGUUGACUGGAUCAUUGCAGACAUGUUAGCAAUCAGACAAAGUGCAUUAGGCCAUGUGCGUUACGUCCUGAAGGAUGGACUGAAGUGGCUUCCGUUGUAUGGAUGGUACUUCUCUCAGCAUGGAGGAAUAUAUGUCAAGCGAAGUGCCAAAUUUAGUGAAGAGGCAAUGACAAGUAAACUACACCAACAGAUAAAGUCAGGUACUCCAACUUACCUUGUCAUUUUCCCAGAAGGAACCCGUUACAACCCAGAUCAUCCCCAAGUGAUUGCAGCAAGCCAGGCUUACGCUCGUAAAGAAGGACUACCAGAAUUAAGGCAUGUAAUGUCUCCACGCGUGAAGGCAACACAGAUAGCAGUUAACACCUUGAGAUGCCACCUGGAUGCAGUGUAUGAUAUAACAGUAGCAUACGAAGGAACCUUGAAAAGUAAUGGGCAGCGGACAACAGCUCCUUCCAUGCCUGAAUUCUUGUGCAGGGAGUGUCCGAGGAUACACAUUUUCUUCGAACGUAUUGAUCUAAAAGAAAUUCCAGAGGAAACUAUUUUCUUGAAGAGAUGGUUACACGAACGCUUCGAAGUUAAAGACAGGUUGCUUUCAGAGUUCUACGAAGCAGAUCAUGAACAGAAGAGGUACAGAUUUCCUGGAGAAGGACGCACAUCACAGUUGAACCUGCUGAGGACUCUGCCAUCCCUGCUCUUUCUUUGUGGUCUGACAGUCCCCAUGCUCAUGACAGAAACUGGAAGGAAGAUAUAUAUGAAGACGUGGAUUUAUGGGACUUUAGUGGGCUGGUUUUGGGUGAACAUUAGACCUUGAGAAGCCAACUUUUGAAAUUUUAAUUAAAUUGAGUAAUCCAAACAUAAUUGCUUACAUAGCAUUUUUUGGAAGUUACCUUUAAAGUGGGAUUUCUAAAUCGCCCUUGAAGAGAUUUUAUAUUCUAAUGAAAAACGUUUGCCUUAAUGACAGAGACGAGCAUAUUGCAGUAAUGCUCCUGUUUAGUAUGGCUGUAAUGUAGUGGUAAUAAUUACCUGCUCAAUGUAGUUGUAAAGCCCUGAUGUGUUUCUGUGCAUUUUGAAGAAGAAAAUGUUGUCUGUUGCAAGAAUUCAUAUGGUGUAAGAUUGGAACAUUGUGGGAAAGUGCUUGAUUUGAUGUUACGAUUAACUCUAGGUGUAAUGUGUCAAGGGACGAAAGUUUGAUCACGUCGUAUCUGUUUGCAUCGGGUCUUCUAUUUAAUGUUCGACAUUAAUCAGAGGGUCUUCAAUUGUUAGCAUUUCAUUGCUUUUUAUUCUAAAUUAAGGGUGUCAUUACAACCAGUUUAUUGCAUUGGUGCUCUGAAUGAUAAGCGCAGGUAAAUUGAUUGAUGAUCCUCUACACUACUCUUAUCUAAGUAUAAUGUUCUCAUAAGAACAUUUCUGGUACAAUAUAAUCAUUUUGUGGAGGGGAGGGAGCAAUGAAGUUCUGAGUGUGGUGCUGAAAGGUUGAUAAAAUACUUAAUUUCAGUUACUAACUGCUGAGUUUUGUAAAGCAAUGAUUUUUAAAUAUAUUAAUUACUGUGGCAUUUCAGGUUGUAUGUGUAUGUACUAAAUGUACAUAAACGUCAAGUUGUUGGACUGAAAACAUUUGUUGUCAUUGGCGUAUUCAUCACCUUGAAUACCAUCACCUGAGAAAAACUUCCUAGCACAGGCAACUCAGGUGGGUUACACGAUGUUGACCUUGCUGUGGAUAAAUGUUGAAGAAUCUGCCACUUGUCUGUUUAAUCAUUGUUUUGCCUUGCGAUUGUGAACUGUUUAACUGUGAUGUGCCGAUGACUGUAUUUACAGAAAGCAUGUGCCUUUUGCCUGUUACUGUCUGAUCCACUCUCAGUACCGAUGACUGACAGUCUUAAUACACAGGCAUGUUCAAAAUCCUUCACAAUUAGAACUGGAUCUGUCUGUGGACAAUUUGUACUCCGACUAGUGAAGGAAGGUCAGAACUUCCACGUGUAGUUUCUCCCCUCAGGAUCAAUGGAAAAUCCCAUUUUGUACCAAGUGUACAAACUCAACUUUUUAAUCUCGCUGACAGUUUAUAAUUCCUUCACGUACUAUUUGAAUGCACCUGUGAUUGGAAUUGUGCUUAGGAUUGCUGAUUUGUUAACUCCAUUCUUAAUUUCAUUUACCUCAAAUACAAUUCGAGCAAAGUAUUUAUAAUUUGUGGAUUUUAUCCCUGGCCUGAUUACAUAAAUUCCUUCUUUUCCCCGGAGCACAGUUGUGGGCUAAUGGGAAGUGUUAUCUAUAUUUUUACAUAUUUUCAGGAGAAUCCAAACAAUUCAGUGCCAAAGUGAUUAAUCAUAGUUUCUUAUACAGAAUAAAAAUCUCCUUUAGCGCAGGUGGCUCCAAUUUUUAAAAACGCAUUUGUUUUAAUAUACAGUAUGUUUACAGCAUUUCCGUACCAUGAAUUUGCAUGCUGAUUUUUUUAUUUUUUCAGCUUUUUUAAGCAUUAUAAUUUUGUGUAACAUGUUACAUAAAUAAAUUCUGAUUAAAAUUUAAUAUUGCCAUAUCCGAUUUUUAUCU